AUUCAAACUGCUGUAUAAAUCAUGCGCUUGGAUGGCAGCAACUUCGGUCCUGCUUAGAUUAUCGCUCUACGUAUGCGGAAGUUCUGCUCAAUCACAGGGUAUCUUGCCGGGCUUGGCACCGUGGUAUUGCCCACCUCUGGGUGUCGAAGAAAGCGCUUGUGUCCGGCACCACCGUUUCGGUCAGGCACCUUUGUAUGUGGAAAGCUCAUUGGUGCCCUUGUCGGUGAAGGUGGUCCUGGCAGUUGCACAAGAAGUUGGAGAGGAGUUCGCCAACGUGCUGCAAGCCUUUUUGGCAAAGAUAGAAGCUGUCAGGCUCAUUACGUGCACGGGACGAUUCCAAGCGUGCUACAAGGGUGCUUCAGCAAGUGAGGCUCUCGGAGAGCUUUGUGGAUACGUCGAUGGACUUGAAGGAUCCCUUUCGAGCAUCAGUACCCAGGAAGAAAAUCUUUGCAAGGUUCUAUUUUCGGAAGGUGAUGGUCGAGCUGUGCUGCGGGCGAUAUCUAUGCCUUUGCAAAAGUUGGUGGAGCUGGCAUUUCCAGCUGCUGCUCCUGCAGAAGUUGGCAACUUCGGAUCUCGCUUCGACUUUGAGCACUUCUUUGCCAAAAGGGCAGAGGUGUUCUCACGCCACAAAAGCGGAAUCCGAGACCAGAUUCUGUACCCACCCAUUUUCAGCCCGGAUGGGAUUUGCUCACUGGGAGAAGAUCGCACAACCCAGAGCAUUGGACCAAAUGUAUCCAUGGUGCUGCAGCUUCUUCAAGCGGCCAGUGUACCGAUGUCACAUUUCGUGGUAAAUUUCGGUGCAGCUGAUGGAGAGUGUGGUGCUGAAGAGGAUUGGAAUGCAGAUCCUGCCAAUUGCCUCACGACUGCAGGAUAUUCAGCAAUAGUCGUUGAAGGAGACCGGAAGUUCUAUGCUGAGCUUCGCCGAAGAUUCGGACAGCGAGCAAAUGUGUCCUUGGUUCUCCAGUUUCUGCCCUUGCACAAUGUAACACACCUGCUGAAAGACCUCUUGGCGACGAUGGAGACAUCUUCUGCAUUUCCUGAUCUCUUUAAGGUGGAUGUUGAUCACGCGGACUGCCUCUUCAUGGAAGAGGCCUUGCGAGUCAUCCAGCCAAAGGUCAUUCAUGUGGAGUACAUGCCACAGGCACCUCCUCCGCUGGAAUACGUUCAACAUUACCAGCCAUCUCUACUGCAGGUGGACCUGCAGGGCAGAGCUGAACCUUUGCUUUUGCAAGAGCGACUGUGGAAGCCUUCAGCACAGUUUAUUUGGUCAGAAGAGCAAUUGCAGAAGAAAACGCCAGUGGAUGAAGGGACAGCGCUGGCUGCAAAACAAAGCGGCCGAGAGAUGACUGGAUGUUCCCUUGCUGCCUUCUUGGCCCGCGCGCCAGGCUAUUCACUUCUAGCAGCUGGCGACGAAGAAGCUGUGCUGCUUCGCAAAGACCUCGUCAAACAUGUAGGUGAGCCUCCUUCUGCUUUGGAUGCUUGGAUUCGCGGAUCAUUUUGCAAUCCGUGGCGGUUAACGAAUGGGCCAGACUAUGCCGUUUGGGGCUUUGAUUUCAGAGUGCUGGCAGAUCAGUCGCACCCCUUGAGCCAAAGACGCCAAGAACUUGACCAGAUGCUCAAGGCCCACGGAGCCCGGGCUUUUUCAUUAAAUGCUGCAGAUGCUUGAGGGAAGUUUUCUCCCAAGAGCGCUUCAGAUUAAAAAGGGCAGAAGCGCGCCUUGAACCAGUGCUAUGGGUAGCAUCAGUGAGUGCAACUCGGC